AUGGCCAAGACUGACCCUAAGACAGUGCGGGACCUCACCUCGGUGGUUCAGAUGCUUCUGCAGCACAUGCAAGAUAAAUUUCAGACGGUGUCCGACCAGAUCAUUGGAAGAAUUGAUGAUAUGAGUAGUCGCACUGAUGAUCCUGAGAAAAACAUGGCCGACCUCAUGACACAGGCUGGGGUGGAAGAACUGGAAGGAGAAAACAAGAUACCUGCCACUCAAAAGAGUUGA